CUUAAUCUUCCCAUGAUGGGCCCCGCCACGCCGACCCGCUCAAUAUCAAUAUCCGGCUCGGGUUCGGUUGAUGGCCCUCCCGUUACACCGCCUUGUGUUGCCGACUUCGACAAUGUUCCUGGUCCACACUCUCCUCCUCCCAGACGGACGACACCUGAACAGGACGAUGGCUCUAGUGCAGCAGCUAUAAGCUCGACACUAUACGGAUUCGGCACAGCGGACCACGACGCGGAGAAGGAGAAAAAUGCAACUCGCUCGAAAAUGGCGCCGUUUUCGAAACACGACAUGGCUGAGGAGAGUCGGCAUCGCCUCACAGUGGAAGAAUUUUUGUCAAAUGUCUUCCAUGAUCCCGGUGACGAAGGUGAUAAAUCGAGGCUUAUGGCAAUUGCAGAAAGCGAACCCUUCAUUGCCAAAUUAGAGGCUUACUGUAAAAAAGUCGACGAUGAAUUAGCCCGCUAUCCGCUCUAUGUGGAUCUUGUCAAUACUGCGAUCUCCGCGAUGGAAACCCAGGGAUUGACACAGAACGAGUUGGGAUUCAUGGCCUGCGUGAACCAUCCUGUACCGGUCAGAGGUUCACGCAGCAAACAUAUACCUGACGCGGAUGGUGUCCUGUCCAAGGCCCUACGUCUUCGGAUGGUGGAGGGGAAGAGAAAGACGAAGGAAAUGCGGGAAAUGCUCAGUAUGACCUCGACUUACGCCAGUUCGGCGCCGUUGAUUCCCUUCAUGUGGGCCGAUCUGAUCACGUUUAUCGAGUUCAAAUUGGUGUCGAAAGAGUUGACAGGGCCGGCUGCUGAGAAGAAGGGUCCUUCUCCGUCACCACGCAAUAAGAACAGUACUCAGAGGAUUUCCUCAACUUCCAGUGCUAUCUCCUCCUACGUCAGUUCUGCCAAUGCAAGUACAUCGUCAGGCAAACAUCAACGCUCCAGUGUCGAAGACGACGAUUCCCAGCCAAACAAGAAACAAAAGGUCGAGGACCCCGUCAUACAAUGUGCCGACUACGCCAUGAACAUGUUCAACCGAGGUGGCAUUCGUUUGCACGUCAUCGGCACCCUCAUAACUGAUGACAAGAUCGAGUUGUUUUUGUACACUCGCUCAGGCACUGCCUCUGCAUCUUUCUCGUUCAUCAACCAGCCUAUCCUUUUCCUCCGUGUUCUCCUUGCCUGUUCGCGGAUGUCCCUCUCACAGUGGGGCUUCUUUAAGACGCUCAUACCAUGCACACUGAGCAAAACGCUACCACCGCUGCAAAAGGCGCUGAAACCGGAUCGUAAAAUGUUCUCUGGACAGAAGUUUGAGGUUGAUGGGACGUCUUUUGAGGUGGGGGAUGUCGAAAUGUUUCCCCGUGGAUUGAUCGGUCAAGGGACAUGGGGCUUGCUGGUGAAAGCAAUUAGUGGCAAAUUGGUUGAUGAGAACUCCGUUAGCCCCGGCGAAGAACUCUUCAUGAAGCUCUCUUGCAUUGCCUCUACACGAUACAAAGAGUGUGACUACAUUAAGGACGCUACGAAGUUGGCUUGCGGCGAACAUGCGUGGGUUUUGAACCAUCUCCCAAACGUGCUGGCAUCGGGCGAGUUUCCGCUCGAGAUUUCGUUUGAGGAGCUUUUUGGUGAUAAGCUGGAACGUAGGGAUCUCCGUUACGAGAUCAUGGAGAAGUUGUACCCCAUUACGGAGCUCAAGGGGAAACCAUUUGCAAAGGCGUUCAGGGAUAUCAUCCGCUGUCACCAAUGGCUGGUCAACUUUCCGAAAAUCAUGCAUCGCGAUGUCAGCCUAAACAAUGUGAUGUAUCGAAAAAAGGACGGCAGGGAAUAUGGCGUCCUCAACGACUAUGACCUUGCUUGUCACGUCUCCAGAUCCGGAGAACCAACUUCUUCCCAGCGAACUGGGACGAAGCCCUUUAUUGCUCUGGAGCUAUUGGAUGGGGCUCCGCUCAAUAUCAAUCAACCUCAUUAUGUUAGGUUCGACUUGGAAUCGUUCUUGUAUGUUUUGGCUUGGAUUGUUUGCCGUUUUGAAGACGGGAACGAGAUUCAAGAUGCCCCCUUUGAUGAAUGGAUGCAGGGCACUUGGGAACAGGUUUAUAAUGUCAAAACCGCUUGGUUGCAGAAGCCCACGUGUUCCUUGACCAAGUCGUAUAAAGAGUUAUUUGGUGUUCUUUUGGAGCUCAAGGCACACACACAAAAGGGCCACCAUCUGCUCACAUACCAUCAUAUGGCACUCGUAGGCUCACAUUUGGGUUGGCCAACCCAUGCACUCGACCUUGCGACUUUGGAUAAGAACAUCACGUAUAGCAGGUUCAUCUCGGCUUUCGAUCGAAUUCUGGACUAGGUUUCUCCUUACCAUACAUGGGUUGUACAUUCUUGAGGAACUGAAAAUCAUGCAUCGCAAUGUAACAGUUGUUUUUGAACCACUUGGACUCCUUGGAUCACC